CUAACCUCCAGCGGAACCCCUUUCUGGAGUGCGCCCAAGCGCUGCCCUGUACCACUAGCCUUCGACGCCAACAACCAAUUGCACCUAGACUUUGUUCUGGCAGCCGCCAACUUGCGCGCGUACAACUACGGCCUCAAGGGAAUGACAGAUGUAGAAUACAUCAAAUCCAAGCUUAGCGAUGUUAUGGUCCCCGAAUUCACUCCUAAAGUAUGUGAUUGUGUAUGA